AUUAAGAAGAAUAUUGUUUUGGGGUUUAGAGAUUAUUUCAUGCGUUGCGUUGUGUCUAUUCGUUGCUAGUCUUCAAGGUGUUGCAACGACGUAAUGUUGAGAGUACUAUAUUGGCUGGCUAGAACAAGAGAAGCAGUUGAGCCUAACCUGAGAGGACUUUUCUCAGGAAAACUAACGUUCUCAGAGUUUCAACAGAAUGUUGUGGAGGAGCUUCGCAGACCUGCUCUUUAUACCAAAGUAUUUUCUGGAGACGCAAUGUCUCCAACUAUCAAUGAGGGCAUACCACCUGGACAAGCUGGUGAAAAGGUUGUUAUUCGAAGGCUUAUCUCACCUUCUGAAAGAACUGUUUUUCUUGACGACAUUGUUGUUUGUAGAGACCCAACAGACGAUAGAAGGAACUAUGUUCGACGAGUUAUUGCAAUGCCUGGCGAGGAGAUGAUAAGCGAUGAUCCUAGAGACAUUCCCUUUUGUAUUCCUGCAGGUCAUUGUUGGGUGGUUCGUGAUAAUGAUAAGGCAAUGGAUGCAGCGGACAGUCGAAAAUUCGGACCUCUUUCCUUUGACCUCAUUCAUGGCAGAGUUCUAUAUUCCAUUCGUUCGCCUACCAAUUUUACUCGUAUUGUAAAUAGUAAGAAUGCAAUGCGUCGUGAUCACAUUAUUCUUGCCGUGGAACAGUCUUUACUAGGAGAUUUAUAAUAGAAACGGUUUGUUUGGUUGACAAAUAUUUGUUUCUAUCAUAAAAAUAUUUGUCAAAGA